UCAGGAACCGCGCCAAUGGCGAGCGAGAAGCCGGGCCCGGGGCUCGAACCUCCUCAGCCCGUGGGGCUCAUCGCCGUCGGGGCCGGAGGCGGCGCAGGUGGCGGAGGAGGAGGAGGAGGCGGCGGCGGGACGGGCAGCGCCCUGGGGGAAUCGAGAGGGGCGUCCGGCCCCGGCCCCGGCCCCGGCCCGGGCCCCGUGGUGCUGCCCGCGGGGAUGAUCAACCCUUCGGUACCCAUCCGCAACAUCCGGAUGAAAUUCGCAGUGUUGAUCGGACUCAUACAGGUCGGAGAGGUCAGCAACCGGGACAUCGUGGAGACCGUACUCAACCUGCUGGUUGGUGGCGAAUUUGAUUUGGAGAUGAACUUCAUCAUCCAGGAUGCUGAAAGCAUAACGUGUAUGACAGAGCUUCUGGAGCACUGUGACGUCACGUGUCAAGCAGAAAUAUGGAGCAUGUUCACGGCCAUCCUGCGGAAGAGCGUCCGGAAUUUACAGACUAGCACAGAAGUUGGGCUCAUAGAGCAAGUCUUGCUGAAAAUGAGCGCUGUAGACGACAUGAUAGCAGAUCUUCUAGUUGAUAUGUUGGGGGUUCUUGCCAGCUACAGCAUCACUGUGAAGGAGCUGAAGCUUUUGUUCAGCAUGCUUCGAGGGGAGAGUGGAGUCUGGCCAAGACAUGCAGUAAAAUUAUUAUCAGUUCUUAAUCAGAUGCCACAAAGACAUGGCCCUGAUACUUUUUUCAAUUUCCCUGGGUGUAGUGCUGCGGCAAUUGCAUUGCCCCCCAUUGCAAAGUGGCCUUAUCAGAAUGGUUUCACGCUUAACACUUGGUUUCGUAUGGAUCCGUUAAAUAAUAUUAAUGUUGAUAAAGAUAAACCUUAUCUUUAUUGUUUCCGAACCAGCAAAGGAGUUGGUUACUCAGCUCAUUUUGUUGGCAACUGUCUAAUAGUCACAUCACUGAAGUCCAAGGGGAAAGGUUUCCAGCACUGUGUGAAAUACGACUUUCAGCCACGUAAGUGGUACAUGAUCAGCAUUGUCCACAUUUACAAUCGAUGGAGGAACAGCGAGAUCCGGUGUUAUGUUAAUGGACAGUUGGUAUCCUAUGGUGAUAUGGCCUGGCAUGUUAACACAAAUGAUAGCUAUGACAAGUGCUUUCUUGGAUCUUCAGAAACUGCUGAUGCAAAUAGGGUAUUUUGUGGUCAGCUUGGUGCUGUAUAUGUGUUCAGUGAAGCACUCAACCCAGCCCAGAUAUUUGCAAUUCAUCAGUUAGGACCUGGAUAUAAGAGUACCUUCAAGUUUAAAUCAGAGAGUGAUAUUCAUUUGGCAGAACAUCAUAAGCAGGUUCUGUAUGACGGGAAACUUGCAAGUAGUAUUGCUUUCACGUACAAUGCCAAGGCCACGGAUGCUCAGCUCUGCCUGGAAUCAUCCCCAAAGGAGAAUGCGUCCAUUUUUGUGCAUUCGCCACAUGCUUUAAUGCUCCAGGACGUGAAAGCUAUAGUAACACAUUCAAUUCAUAGUGCAAUUCAUUCCAUUGGAGGAAUUCAAGUACUGUUCCCGCUCUUUGCCCAACUGGACAAUCGGCAGCUCAAUGACAGUCAAGUGGAAACAACUGUCUGUGCUACUCUUUUGGCAUUCCUGGUUGAACUACUUAAAAGUUCAGUAGCCAUGCAAGAACAGAUGCUGGGUGGAAAAGGCUUUUUAGUCAUUGGCUACUUACUUGAAAAGUCAUCUAGAGUUCAUAUAACUCGAGCUGUCUUGGAGCAGUUUCUGUCUUUUGCAAAAUACCUCGACGGUUUGUCUCACGGAGCUCCGCUACUGAAGCAGCUUUGCGACCAUGUCUUAUUCAACCCAGCCAUCUGGAUACACACACCUGCUAAGGUUCAGCUUUCUCUGUAUACUUACUUGUCUGCUGAAUUUAUUGGAACUGCUACCAUCUAUACCACCAUACGCAGAGUAGGAACAGUCUUACAGCUAAUGCAUACAUUAAAAUAUUACUACUGGGUCAUUAAUCCUGCUGAUAGUAGUGGCAUUACACCAAAAGGAUUAGAUGGUCCCCGACCAUCACAAAAAGAAAUUGUAUCACUUCGGGCGUUUAUGCUGCUUUUUCUGAAACAGCUUAUACUAAAGGAUCGAGGGGUCAAGGAAGAUGAACUUCAAAGUAUAUUAAAUUAUCUGCUUACAAUGCAUGAGGAUGAAAACAUUCACGAUGUGUUACAGUUGCUAGUGGCCUUAAUGUCAGAACACCCAGCCUCAAUGAUCCCAGCCUUUGAUCAAAGAAAUGGAAUAAGGGUGAUCUACAAAUUAUUGGCUUCUAAAAGUGAGAGUAUCUGGGUUCAAGCUCUGAAGGUUUUGGGAUACUUUCUCAAGCAUUUAGGUCACAAGAGAAAAGUUGAAAUUAUGCAUACCCAUAGUCUUUUUACCCUGCUUGGAGAAAGGCUGAUGCUACAUACGAACACUGUGACUGUCACCACAUACAACACACUUUAUGAGAUGCUGACGGAGCAGGUCUGCACGCAGGUUGUGCACAAGCCCCAUCCUGAGCCCGACGCCACGGUGAAGAUUCAGAACCCAAUGAUUCUUAAGGUGGUGGCGACUUUGUUAAAAAACUCCACACCAAGUGCAGAACUGAUGGAUGUUCGUCGGUUAUUUUUAUCUGAUAUGAUUAAGCUUUUCAGUAACAGCCGUGAAAACAGAAGAUGUUUAUUGCAGUGUUCAGUGUGGCAGGAUUGGAUGUUUUCUCUUGGCUAUAUUAAUCCCAAAAAUUCUGAAGAGCAGAAGAUUACCGAGAUGGUCUACAAUAUCUUCCGGAUCCUUUUGUAUCAUGCAAUAAAAUAUGAAUGGGGAGGCUGGAGAGUCUGGGUGGAUACACUCUCCAUAGCCCACUCCAAGGUCACUUACGAGGCACAUAAGGAAUACCUCGCGAAGAUGUAUGAAGAGUAUCAAAGACAAGAGGAAGAGAACAUUAAAAAGGGAAAGAAAGGGAGUGUGAGCACCAUCUCUGGUCUUUCAUCACAGACAGCAGGAGCAAAAGGAGGAAUGGAAAUUCGAGAGAUAGAAGACCUGUCUCAAAGUCAGAGCCCCGAGAGUGAGACGGAUUACCCAGUCAGCACAGACACUCGAGACCUGCUCAUGUCAACCAAAGUGCCAGAUGACAUCCUUGGAAAUCCAGAGCGACCCGGAAGUGGAGUACAUGUGGAGGUGCACGAUCUCCUGGUUGACAUCAAAGCAGAGAAAGUGGAAGCGACAGAAGUUAAGCUUGACGAUAUGGACUUGUCCCCAGAGACUCUAGUGGGCGGUGAGAACGGCGCCCUGGUGGAGGUCGAGUCCCUGUUGGAUAACGUAUACAGUGCCGCUGUGGAGAAACUGCAGAACAACGUGCACGGGAGCGUCGGGAUCAUCAAGAAAAACGAAGAGAAGGAUAACGGGCCAUUGAUAACACUGGCAGAUGAGAAAGAGGAACUUCCCAAUUCUAGUACAUCUUUUCUUUUUGAUAAAAUACCCAAACAGGAGGAGAAGCUCCUUCCAGAACUUUCUAGCAAUCAUAUGAUCCCGAAUAUUCAGGACCCGCAGGUGCAUCUUGGUGUCGGUGACGACCUUGGGCUACUUGCUCACAUGGCUGCGAGUGUAGACCUAGCCUGUACUGCCAGCAUGAUGGAAGACAAAGAGUUCAAAAUCCACACAACCUCGGAUGGCAUGAGUGGCAUUUCUGAGAGAGACUUGGCCUCGUCUGCUAAGGGGUUAGAAUAUGCUGAAAUGACUACCACCACAUUGGAAACUGAGCCUUCUGGGAGCAAAAUUGUACCAAAUAUAGACGCAGGAAGUAUAAUUUCAGAUACUGAGAGAUCUGAUGAUGGCAAAGAGUCGGGAAAGGAAAUCCGAAAAAUCCAGACCACUACUACCACACAAGCUGUUCAGGGCCGGGCUAUUACCCAGCAAGACAGAGAUCUCAGAGUUGAUUUGGGAUUUCGAGGGAUGCCAAUGACUGAGGAACAGAGGCGACAGUUUAGCCCUGGACCGCGGACCACUAUGUUUCGGAUUCCCGAGUUUAAAUGGUCCCCCAUGCACCAGCGGCUUCUCACUGACCUGCUGUUUGCAUUAGAAACGGACGUCCAUGUGUGGAGAAGCCAUUCUACAAAGUCUGUAAUGGAUUUUGUCAAUAGCAAUGAAAACAUUAUCUUUGUACAUAACACAAUUCACCUCAUUUCCCAAAUGGUGGACAACAUCAUCAUUGCUUGUGGAGGAAUUUUACCUUUGCUCUCUGCUGCCACGUCACCAACUGGUUCUAAGACGGAAUUGGAGAACAUUGAAGUGACGCAAGGCAUGUCCGCAGAGACAGCGGUAACGUUCCUCAGCCGGCUGAUGGCCAUGGUCGAUGUAUUGGUGUUUGCCAGCUCUCUGAAUUUCAGUGAGAUUGAAGCUGAAAAAAACAUGUCUUCUGGGGGCUUAAUGCGACAGUGUUUACGACUAGUUUGUUGUGUAGCUGUUAGAAACUGUUUAGAAUGUCGACAAAGACAGAGAGACAGGGGAAACAAAUCUUCCCAUGGAAGCAGUAAACCUCAGGAAGUUCCUCAAAGUGUGACAGCCACAGCUGCAUCCAAGACUCCCUUAGAAAAUGUUCCUGGUAACCUUUCUCCCAUUAAGGAUCCUGACAGACUUCUUCAGGAUGUUGACAUCAAUCGCCUUCGUGCUGUUGUCUUUCGUGAUGUGGAUGAUAGCAAACAGGCCCAGUUCUUAGCUCUGGCCGUGGUUUACUUCAUUUCUGUCCUGAUGGUAUCUAAGUAUAGGGACAUCCUAGAGCCCCAGAGAGAGACUGCCCGAGCUGGAAGCCAGCCAGGUAGAAACAUCAGACAAGAAAUAAACUCACCAACAAGUACAGCUGUGGUCAUACCAUCUAUCCCUCACCCAAGUUUGAACCAUGGAUUCCUUGCCAAGUUAAUUCCUGAGCAGAGCUUUGCCCACUCAUUUUACAAAGAAACACCUGCUGCAUUUCCAGAUGCCAUAAAGGAAAAAGAAACACCAACCCCUGGUGAAGACAUUCAGAUAGAAAGUUCUAUUCCUCACACAGAUUCAGGAAUUGGAGAAGAGCAGGUGGCUAGCAUCCUGAACGGGGCAGAGAUAGAGAAUGCUGCGGGUCCUGAUGCAAUGAGUGAGCUCCUGUCCACAUUGUCAUCUGAAGUCAAGAAAUCACAAGAGAGCUUAACAGAAAAUCCAAAUGAAAUGUUGAAGCCUGCACCAUCCAUAUCUAGCAUCAGUCAGACCAAAGGCAUUAAUGUCAAGGAAAUUCUGAAAAGUCUUGUUGCUGCCCCAGUUGAAAUUGCAGAAUGUGGCCCUGAACCAAUCCCAUACCCAGACCCAGCACUGAAGAGAGAAGCACAUGCCAUUCUUCCUAUGCAGUUUCAUUCUUUUGAUAGGAGUGUCGUGGUCCCUGUGAAGAAGCCACCUCCAGGUAGUUUAGCCGUCACCACUGUGGGAGCCAGCACUGCCGGAAGUGGGCUGCAAACAGGCAGUGCCUCUAACAUAUUUGCUGCUGCUGGAGCUACACCAAAAAGUAUGAUUAAUACAACAGGUGCCGUGGAUUCAGGAUCCUCCUCCUCUUCCUCCUCUUCUAGUUUUGUGAAUGGUGCUACCAGCAAGAACCUUCCAGCUGUACAGACUGUUGCUCCAAUGCCAGAAGAUUCCGCGGAAAACAUGAGCAUCACUGCAAAACUUGAAAGAGCUUUAGAAAAAGUUGCUCCUCUUCUUCGUGAGAUUUUUGUAGAUUUUGCCCCAUUCCUAUCUCGUACACUUCUUGGCAGUCAUGGACAAGAGCUAUUGAUAGAAGGCCUGGUGUGCAUGAAGUCCAGCACGUCCGUGGUGGAGCUCGUCAUGCUGCUGUGCUCACAGGAAUGGCAAAAUUCUAUUCAGAAGAAUGCCGGUCUUGCAUUUAUUGAGCUCAUCAAUGAAGGAAGAUUACUGUGCCAUGCCAUGAAAGACCAUAUAGUCCGAGUUGCAAAUGAAGCCGAGUUCAUCUUGAACAGACAGCGAGCAGAAGAUGUGCACAAGCAUGCUGAGUUUGAGUCACAGUGUGCCCAGUAUGCUGCUGAUAGAAGAGAGGAGGAAAAGAUGUGUGACCAUCUCAUCAGUGCUGCCAAACACCGAGAUCAUGUGACAGCAAACCAGCUGAAACAGAAGAUUCUCAAUAUCCUCACGAAUAAGCAUGGUGCUUGGGGAGCAGUUUCUCAUAGCCAAUUGCAUGACUUCUGGCGUUUGGAUUACUGGGAAGAUGACCUGCGUCGAAGGAGACGGUUUGUCCGCAAUGCCUUUGGCUCCACUCAUGCUGAAGCCUUGCUCAAAUCUGCAAUUGAAUAUGGCACUGAAGAAGAUGUUGUGAAGUCAAAGAAGGCGUUCAGAAGUCAGGCCAUAGUGAACCAGAAUGCAGAGACAGAACUCAUGCUGGAAGGAGAUGACGAUGCAGUCAGUCUGCUCCAGGAGAAAGAAAUUGACAAUCUUGCAGGCCCCGUGGUCCUCAGUACCCCUGCCCAGCUCAUAGCUCCUGUGGUGGUGGCCAAGGGGACUCUCUCCAUCACCACGACAGAAAUCUACUUCGAGGUUGACGAGGAUGAUUCUGCCUUCAAGAAGAUCGACACAAAAGUUCUUGCGUACACUGAGGGGCUUCAUGGAAAGUGGAUGUUCAGUGAGAUCCGAGCUGUGUUUUCAAGACGAUAUCUUCUGCAAAACACCGCGCUGGAAGUGUUUAUGGCCAAUCGAACCUCUGUGAUGUUUAAUUUCCCUGAUCAAGCAACAGUAAAAAAAGUUGUCUAUAGCUUACCUCGGGUUGGAGUAGGGACCAGCUAUGGUUUACCACAAGCCAGGAGGAUAUCAUUGGCCACUCCUCGACAACUUUAUAAGUCUUCCAACAUGACUCAACGUUGGCAGAGACGUGAAAUCUCAAACUUCGAGUACUUAAUGUUUCUCAAUACUAUAGCAGGACGAACAUAUAAUGAUCUGAACCAGUACCCUGUGUUUCCAUGGGUGUUAACAAACUAUGACUCAGAAGAAUUGGACCUGACUCUUCCAGGAAACUUCAGGGAUCUAUCAAAGCCUAUUGGUGCUUUGAACCCAAAGAGAGCAGUAUUUUACGCAGAACGUUAUGAGACGUGGGAAGACGAUCAAAGCCCGCCCUACCAUUAUAAUACACAUUAUUCAACAGCAACAUCCACUUUAUCCUGGCUUGUUCGAAUUGAACCAUUCACAACCUUCUUCCUCAAUGCAAAUGAUGGAAAAUUUGACCAUCCCGAUCGAACUUUCUCCUCAAUUGCAAGGUCUUGGAGAACCAGUCAGAGAGAUACCUCUGAUGUAAAGGAACUUAUUCCAGAGUUCUACUACCUGCCGGAGAUGUUCGUCAACAGUAACGGGUGCCACCUCGGGGUCAGAGAAGAUGAGGUAGUAGUAAAUGACGUGGAUCUUCCACCCUGGGCAAAGAAACCUGAAGACUUUGUGCGGAUCAACAGGAUGGCCCUGGAAAGUGAAUUUGUUUCUUGCCAACUCCAUCAGUGGAUCGACCUUAUAUUUGGCUACAAACAGCGAGGGCCCGAGGCUGUCCGGGCUCUGAAUGUUUUCCACUACCUGACCUAUGAAGGCUCCGUGAACUUGGACAGCAUUACAGACACCGUACUCCGAGAGGCCAUGGAAGCACAGAUACAGAACUUUGGACAGACGCCAUCUCAGUUGCUUAUUGAGCCCCAUCCGCCUCGGAGCUCUGCCAUGCACCUGUGUUUCCUUCCACAGAGCCCCCUCAUGUUUAAAGACCAAAUGCAACAGGACGUGAUCAUGGUGCUGAAGUUCCCCUCAAAUUCUCCAGUGACCCACGUGGCUGCCAACACCCUGCCCCACCUGACCAUCCCCGCCGUGGUGACGGUGACCUGCAGCCGACUGUUUGCAGUGAACCGAUGGCACAACACAGUAGGCCUCAGAGGAGCCCCAGGAUACUCCUUGGAUCAAGCCCAUCAUCUCCCCAUUGAGAUGGACCCAUUAAUUGCCAAUAACUCAGGUGUGAACAAACGUCAGAUCACAGACCUUGUGGACCAGAGCAUACAAAUCAAUGCCCAUUGUUUUGUGGUCACAGCAGAUAAUCGCUAUAUUCUUAUAUGUGGAUUCUGGGACAAGAGCUUCAGAGUUUAUUCUACAGAAACAGGAAAACUGACACAGAUUGUGUUUGGCCACUGGGAUGUGGUCACGUGCCUGGCCAGGUCUGAGUCCUACAUCGGUGGGGACUGCUACAUCGUGUCUGGCUCUCGAGACGCCACCCUGCUUCUCUGGUACUGGAGUGGGCGACACCACAUCAUAGGAGACAACCCCAACAGCAGUGACUAUCCUGCACCCAGAGCUGUCCUCACAGGCCACGACCAUGAAGUUGUCUGUGUUUCUGUCUGUGCAGAACUUGGACUUGUUAUCAGUGGUGCUAAAGAGGGCCCUUGUCUUGUGCACACCAUCACUGGAGACCUGCUGAGAGCCCUUGAAGGCCCAGAAAACUGCUUGUUCCCACGCCUGAUUUCCGUAUCCAGUGAAGGCCACUGCAUCAUCUACUAUGAGCGAGGACGGUUCAGCAAUUUCAGCAUCAAUGGGAAACUUUUGGCUCAAAUGGAGAUCAGUGAUUCAACACGGGCCAUUCUCCUGAGCAGUGAUGGACAGAACCUGGUGACUGGAGGGGACAAUGGUGUGGUGGAAGUAUGGCAGGCCUGUGACUUCAAACAGCUGUACAUUUACCCCGGCUGCGACGCUGGCAUCAGAGCAAUGGACUUAUCCCAUGACCAGAGGACUCUGAUCACUGGCAUGGCUUCGGGCAGCAUUGUAGCUUUUAAUAUAGAUUUUAAUCGAUGGCAUUAUGAGCAUCAGAACAGAUACUGAGGAGGAGAGCACCAGACGCCCAGGCCCAGCGAGAGCACAGGCGCUGCGUGGGAAGGCACUGCCCCUGGUGGAGCGCUCGUCUGCAUCGGCCUCUGUUUGUACAUCCAUUACACCCAGCACACCAGUGCAUCGUAGUCAGCAGCCAUUUCACUUUGUGUGUUUUUCAGGACUGAAGACCAGCUGCUCUCAAGCCAGCUUAUAUCAUGUAAAUUAUAUGAAUUAGGAGAUGUUUUGGUAAUUAUUUCAUAUAUCGUUGUUUAUCGAGAAAAGGUUGUAGGAAGCGUCACAAGAGACUUUUGACAAUUCUGAGGAACCUUGUGUCCAGUUGUUACAAAGUUUAAGCUUUGAACCUAACCUGCAUCCCAUUUCCAGCCUUUUCAAGCUGAGAAAAAAAACCACGUUUGAUACUUUGUACAUCAGAUGCAUCUUGUUUAAAGGGAUACUUUUGUAAAAGUAAAACCUUGUAUAAAGAACAAAGCAGUUUCUUAAUUUCAUUGUGGAGUCACAACUUGCAUGUUCUUUACUCCUGACGUCUUGUUGGAACAGGUGCGUUCAUGCCAUGAAAAAGAAAGAUCUGUCUGAGGAAACAGCGUGUUCGAAAGGGUUGAAUUUGGGCUCAAUCAGUAAUUUUUGACAUUUUCUCCAAAAUAUGGUUUGCACUUUUUAAUCUAAAUUCACCCCUUCUAAGUGAAAUUCGCUCAUAAAACAUUUGGAUACUAAGCCAUUAUUUGCCAUUUUUGGGUACUUUAUACAAAGAAAAUUCAGCCCUACCCUUUAUAAUUUGAAGAUACACAGAAAGGGGGCUUAGGGAUGAGGUCCGGGUUUUAACUGUAUAAACAGGAGUCAUGCUCAUUAGUUCCAUAGUAAUGACUUCCCAGCACCUGGACAUCUAUCUCUUCCAGACUCAUCCCACUGGCUUAGUGUGUUCACGUUAGGGGAGGAGAAUGAUGCUAACUUUGUUUUUCUCUUUGGUUCUUGAAUAGCUUAGUUUGUUUAAUAACAAGUUGGACUUUAUUACAACAAUAACUGAAUUUAUUCUUUUAGAUUCUUGUGAAAUUCUCACCUAAAGCCACAUUCUUAGCCUAAGGCACUUCAUCUUUUACCAUAUGAAAUAAUGGCUAUCAAAUGAUUUUCCAUACGUUGUCCUGAUCCAGUUAUCACCCAGGGGUGUAUACACUUUAUCCUUGUUUCUUCUUUGUAUAUUUGGUGACCGUAUUGUCAUAGAUGUACAUAGUGUGUCGGUAGGGCUAUGAGGCAUGUUGCAGGAAUGUAAUUUUCUCAAAAUUUACGCUCACUCGCAGUCAUUUAUUUAAACAGAUAAAACAAGACAAUGGGUUCUUUGUACUGGCGCUUUGCACCAGAAGCGCAUCAUUAUUUACUGAUGUGAUUACUCCUUUGUUCUUCACCUUGUAAUAGUAAGUUUUAGCACUGAAUUAUUCCUUCUUCAUUGUAUUUAUGAAAUUCUGAAAUUAUGGGGACUCAGUGUAAUGAUUAAGUUCUUCAUCACCAGGCUGUAAGCAAUAUCUUGAGUUUGUAGCUUAGAAUUGGGAAAAUACUGAACAUCUGGAAGACAAGUUCAUUUCAUCUUAAGAUCAUGGUGAAAUAUUUUGGAUAUAUAAAUUCCUUAAGCUAUUGUAACCAUGUUUUAUUGCAAAGAUGUAAAAUAUGCCAGAUGUGUGUGAGUUGGAAAUCAAAAAAAGAAAAAUAAAAUAUGCAAAGAAUUCA